UUAAUCUAAUGAUUAAAAUUGUUGUGGCCAACGUAUCUGAUGAUUCGAAAACCUUGGAAUCUCAGCUCUUCAAUCUCCUCAUCACCCCAUUUCUCCUCUCAAGCUCAAUCCCCAUCUUGGGUCUCCACCAAUCAAAUUUUUCGAAAACACCCUCGUCUCCAACUCCUUCACAAACGCUCUCCCCAUCGCUGUUUCAAACCCAUUUUCUCCUAUUCAUUAGUCUCCGGCCUCUUUCAAAACCCCUUCGUUUCUAGCCAAAUUCUUCAAUCUUCUACUCUUUUCUUGCCUCCUGACCCAAGCUUCAGCUCUUUGAUCUUUACCCAAAUGAAGAAUCCCAAUGCAUUCUCAUUCAAUACUAUGAUUAAAUCUAACCCAUCUUCUGCCUUGAAGCUGUAUGUUGAAAUGCUUGAGAGAAGAAUAUUUCCCGAUAAGCAUACAUUUCCCUUUUUGAUUAAAUCGCUGAAUUCUGUCACACCCAAUCUUAAUAUUGGAAAAUUAGUCCAUGCCCAUGUGUUUAUUUUUGGAUUUGGGGCUGACCCAUUUGUGCAAACUUCACUGCUUAGCAUGUAUUUCGCUUGCCAGGCUUUCGAUGAUGCUUUACGUUUGUUCAAUGAAAUUCCUAAAAGAGAUGUAACUACUUGGACUGCGGUGAUAUCGGGGUUAGUUGCCCAAAAUUGCCAUUUAAAAGCACUUGAUGUUUUCAAAAAUAUGAGGGUUCAGGCAGGGGAUUCGAGCGUUAGACCUAAUGUUGCGACGAUGGUCUCAGUCUUAUCAGCAUGUGCCGGUUUAGGCUCUUUGGAUAUAGCCGAAAGCUUACAUGCUUAUAUAGAGAAAGUCGGGUUGCAUCAUGAUCUUUUUAUUCGUAACUCGUUGAUUGAUUCAUAUCCGAAAUGUGGAAGCAUAACUUCUGCCUGGCAAGUGUUUCAUUGCACAGUAAACAAAGAUCUUCAUUCAUGGACAGCUAUGAUCACAGGGUUAGCUUCACACGGGCUUGGUAACGAUGCACUUGAUUUGUUCUCCCGGAUGCAGAAAAGGCUCAUCGUGCCUGAUUCCACUACUUUUAUUGCAGUUCUCACUGCUUGUAGCCAUUCAGGGUUAGUUGAUGAAGGAAUUCAAAUUUUUGAGUCAAUGGAAGCGUUCAAUUUAAAGCCAGAGAUCAAGCAUUAUGGAUGUAUGGUUGAUCUCUUCAGUCGAGCUGGGCUUCUUGCUCGUGCAUAUGGCUUGGUUUCGGAUAUGCCAAUGGAACCAAACUUGGUGAUACUGGGGGCUUUGUUGAGCGCUUGCAGAGUUCACGGAGAUCUAGAUUUGGCAAAACUUGUUAUGGAGAAAAUUGAAUCGAGUUGCUCCUAUCAUGGAGGAGCUCGUGUACUCUUGUCUAAUAUGUUUGCGGAUAAAAAUCAGUGGAAUGAUGUAGUGUCUGUUAGAGAAUCGACGAGAAAGGAUGAGAGUAAGCCUCAAGGGAAGAGUUGGAUUGAAGUCAUGGGGGUUGUUCAUGAAUUUGGGGUUGAGGGUUCAUCUUAUCAUGCACUUGCAAGAGAGAUGCAUUUGGUGCUGGAUGAAUUGGGGAAACUUAUGGAAGGAAGCAUUGUUGAUGUUGCAAUGCCUUUUUAGAGAUUCCUUUGUAUCAAGAGGUGCAGCCAAGGCUCUGUUGAGUGUUGACAAAACUGAGCUCUUAGAGAAGGACCCCUUUAUAUUCGACGUCAUUCUAUGUAAACUCCAGGUAUGAUUAGCAAUACUACAGUGCUGUGAUUUAUUCCUUUUAUAGCUUUAUCCUGAGAGAAAAUAGAUUGUUUCAUAUGAAGCUCAGUCUGAGAAUUAUGGUCCUAUAAUUUUUUU